AUGAACGGAGCCCGACUGGAAGCCAACCAGUACACCAGCGCCUCCGCCGCUCUCACUGCCUCUCCGGCCGGGGCACACAGCUGCUUCCUGUGCGGGCAACUCCGCGAGGAGUCGUACCAGCGUCUCCACGCUGGUGACGAGCUCGCUAGGAGCAGCUUGUGUGUCUCGUGCCGUGAGAGGUACGGGUUGUGGCGUCAACAGCCGAUUUUCUUCACUUGUUAUUUGGAGACGCUUGCUUCUCAUCCCAACAAUUUCCUACUCUCAUCUAAGUAAUCUUUCACCUCUCGUCCAAACAAUCUUCUAUGGUUUUGGACCGCUUGAUAUUCCAUCCGGAUAGUAUUCGGCUUUUGAACUUAGCAU